UGCGCAGUCCCAGUCCCGGGCCGCCGCGGUAACCCCUGGCCUCCGCUGCCGCCGCCGCCGCCGCCGCCUCGGGCGACUGGGUACCUUAACCCCUCUCCCUUGCCGUCUUUUCCGGCAGUUGGUGCUCUUCCUGUUGUCGUCUCCCGCAGACUCCUUGGCCGUUAUUCAGAGUCUCGCGCGUCUCUUCCCCUCGUCUGGCCAAAGGGCUGCUGUCGCGGGGGCUACGCCUCAAGCUGGUCGGGACCCCUGGCCCGGCGGGCGUCUUCCCAGCCCUGCCUCCUCCUCGGGGCUCUGUAGCCAUGGCAAUGACAGGCUCCACACCGUGCUCCUCCAUGAGUAAUCACACCAAGGAAAGAGUGACAAUGACCAAAGUAACACUGGAGAAUUUUUAUAGCAACCUUAUCGCUCAACAUGAAGAGCGAGAAAUGAGACAAAAGAAGUUAGAAAAAGUGAUGGAAGAAGAAGGCCUAAAAGAUGAAGAGAAACGACUCAGGAGAUCAGCUCAUGCUCGGAAGGAAACAGAAUUUCUCCGUUUGAAAAGAACAAGACUUGGACUGGAAGAUUUUGAGUCCUUAAAAGUGAUAGGCAGAGGUGCAUUUGGUGAGGUGCGGCUUGUUCAGAAGAAAGAUACAGGGCAUGUAUAUGCAAUGAAAAUCCUCCGCAAAGCAGACAUGCUUGAAAAGGAGCAGGUUGGCCACAUUCGUGCGGAGCGUGACAUUCUAGUGGAGGCAGACAGUUUGUGGGUUGUGAAAAUGUUCUAUAGUUUUCAGGAUAAGCUAAACCUCUACCUAAUCAUGGAGUUCCUGCCUGGAGGGGACAUGAUGACCCUGUUGAUGAAAAAAGACACUCUGACGGAAGAAGAGACUCAGUUUUACAUAGCAGAGACAGUGUUAGCCAUAGACUCUAUUCACCAGCUCGGAUUCAUCCACAGAGACAUCAAACCAGACAACCUUCUGCUGGACAGCAAGGGCCAUGUGAAACUUUCUGACUUUGGCCUUUGCACAGGACUGAAGAAAGCACACAGGACAGAGUUCUAUCGGAAUCUGAACCACAGCCUGCCCAGUGAUUUCACUUUCCAAAACAUGAAUUCCAAAAGGAAAGCAGAAACCUGGAAAAGAAACAGACGUCAGCUAGCCUUCUCCACAGUAGGCACUCCUGACUACAUUGCUCCCGAGGUGUUCAUGCAGACCGGGUACAACAAGCUCUGUGAUUGGUGGUCGCUUGGGGUGAUCAUGUAUGAGAUGCUCAUCGGCUACCCACCUUUCUGUUCUGAGACCCCUCAAGAGACAUACAAGAAGGUGAUGAACUGGAAAGAAACUCUGACUUUCCCUCCGGAAGUUCCCAUCUCCGAGAGAGCCAAGGAUCUCAUUCUGAGAUUCUGCUGUGAAUGGGAACAUAGAAUUGGAGCCCCUGGAGUUGAGGAAAUCAAAAAUAAUUCUUUUUUUGAAGGUGUUGACUGGGAACAUAUCAGAGAGAGACCUGCGGUGAUAUCUAUUGAAAUCAAAAGCAUUGAUGAUACUUCAAACUUCGAUGAGUUCCCCGAAUCUGAUAUUCUUAAGCCAACAGUGGCCACAGGCAACCACCCUGAGACCGACUACAAGAACAAAGACUGGGUCUUCAUCAAUUACACAUACAAGCGCUUUGAGGGCCUGACUGCAAGGGGGGCAAUACCUUCCUACAUGAAGGCAGCGAAAUAGGACCCUUGUCGUGGGUUCCAAUGGAGCAAGGUCUUUGUGCGACAUGGUUUUCCUCCACACUCUCUAGAGAGCUGCUGAGAAAUUCAUGGCACCCAUCACUGUGUCACAGUAAUCUCCUAAAGCGUGGUAGUCAGUGGAUUUUCUUCCAUCAUGUGUCUGAAACUGCUAGAACAGUGACAGCCAUUUCUACUACAUCAGCCAUAAACAGCUAUCUCGCUUCUUUAGGAGCAUUGGGAGCCAAUUUAACAGGUAUUUUUAAAAAAUAAUUUGAAUUUCCCUACGUUCAUCAGAAUGAAGGGGGAAACAGCCAUCUUCCAAACUUCCUGGCUUGUAAUGUGUCCUCACCGAGUAUCAGCCAAUCCCAGGAGAGUCAUUGCAAUCUGCCAAGCCCACCAAGUAUUUCUUUUUCUGUCUGGCUUGAGGUUCCACCGUGCUAAGGCAGCAAAGCACCUCAGCAGCCAGCGCGGUGGCUGACGGAGUUCUCACCGUCCCUGGGGGCGGGGACAGUAGUGUCUCCCUGUACCUGGGCUCGAACGAGCGAGCGAGUGGCUGCUCACAGCCUCCACCCGUGGUGCACUUUAUUUACCGUACUAAGGUACAAACCCUCGGUCCGCUGCUCAACUCGUCCUUUCCACCCAGCGGAAAACCUCGCACUGCCCUCGAGUGCUGAUGGGGGACACGGCUUCUCACAGGCCUGGAAAGCCACUGGCGCUGCCGAGGAGUCUGUGUCACGUGCCAGCCUCCCUGCUCACAGCUGUCAGCAAAUGCCCAGACGCUGUCGGGACCUGCAGUGCCUGCCAGUGCUGCCCGCAGAACUCAGCCGGUUCCUGGGAACAGGGAAGCUGGCUGCCUCUUGGCUAAGGUGCUGCCCCUCCAGGGUCCCCAGGGCCUCCUGGGACCUGCACAGCCAGCAGACAGGUCCCUAUAAAGUCACUUCUGGGUCCCUGGUCGGCUGUUUUUAUCUCUCCUCUUGGUAUUUUUCCUCUCCCAACUCUUGAGUAGCCAUUUUGCCUUGGAAUCAUGAUUACGGAUUUUUCCUUUGCAAAUGCCUUCCUGGGGGAGCUCCCCCAGGCCUAAGGGUUGCCUGCAGCUUGUGCUGACCAGGCCUUUCCACAACAGUGGUCUCUCGAGACCCUCUAAAUUUUAGCACAAGUGCCUUCUCUGCCACAGCUGCCACCACCUUUAGGGACGACUUCUACUGCGUCAGAAAAAAGAGGUCCCAUACUGACGCAGUAUUAGUUUUUGGUUUUAAGUUUUGAAAGCUCCUAAGGCAUUGUUUGCACCUGUGUGGUAACUGCCUGUUGCAGGGUAUCACGGGAGGCUGCUUCCUGUUAGUCUUGAUGUGAGGUCAGCUUUGAAGGGAACUUAAGCCCUUCAGAAAAUGUUACCAGUUGCAGUUUAAGUGAAACUGCUUUGGGUUUUAGUAUCUUAGACAAAGUGAAAAGAAUAUUGGGCGAGUCUGGACUGGCUAAAUGCAAUGUGUUUGCCCUUAAUCUUUCACAUAGCUGAUUAGUGAGAAGGAAGUAAAUGAGCGAUUUGUGUAACUUCACAGUCUUUGUAUUACCAAAUAGUGGGGUCCUGACCCCGGUGUUUCCCAAAUGUGUGGUAAGCGACUAGAGAGGUAACGGGAUAGUGUAGUGAUUAGGGACUGCUGGGAGCGGCAGGGGAAAGAGCCCACAUUUUAACUUGUAAACUUCUAAAUAAACUGUGUGAAAACAGCAGUGGAAA